AUGCCGCGCUUCGACGCCGGCCCCUCCGGCCGCCUCCCACCGCCGCCGUCGCUCGAAGCGACCGCCGGUGACGCCCCUCACCCACACCGCCGACUUCCGCCAACCCCGCAGGAGCGCAGCCGCGUGCCGCACCACCGCCGGCUUCCGCCACCCCCGCAGGAGCGCAGCCGCGCGCUGCACCGCCGCUGGCUCCACCGCUCCCGUAGGAGUGCCGCCCGAACCGCGUCCGCCGCCGCCGGCUUCCGCCGCUCCCGCCCGAGCGCCACCACGCGCUGCGCCGUCCGCCGCCGCCGACUCCGCCGCUCCCGCCCUGCGCGAGCACCGCCAGGACACGCCGCCGCCAGGACAUGCCGCCACCAGGACGCGCCGCCGCCGGACUGA